ACGUGGACAGCGGAGCAGAGACAGGUUGGAAGGCAGACUCGCCAAGCAACGGCUCGGAUCAGAUGCACCAUCGGCAAGGGAAGCAUGAGGGGAAGAGGUAUGAGGAUGAUGCAGAGGCCAAGAACUCUCCGACGAGGAUCACCAUCCUCAAGUGGGAGCUGAAGGGCCCUCGAUGGCUCCAGUUCCUGUUGCUGGUGCUGGGGGUGUUCUCACUAGGGGUCAUCCAUGAUUUUGUUCAGGAGCUCGUGUUCCGCUAUGAGGGGUUCGACUACGGCUGGUUCAUGACGCUAUGGGAGCUCCUUAUCUUCGUGGUUGCCGCAUGGCUGCAGCUCUGGCAUGAGGGGCGGUACAACGAGAUCAGGAGCAUCGACUGGAAGCAGUACCUGAGCUUGACCGUCGUGCUCGCCAUCACUCAAGGAUUCGGGUCCAUCUCGCUCUCCUAUGUCAACUUCCCGGUAAAAGUCGUCAUGAAGUCCAGCAAGUUGAUCCCUACCAUGGCGCUUGGAAUCUUGAUCCUCAAGAGGACGUACACUCCCAUGGAGUACAUCUCUGCCUUCAUGUUGUGCACCGGGGUUGCCUCCUUCACUCUGGUCGACAGCAAAGUCUCACCAAAGUUCGAUCCCAUCGGCAUCCUCCUACUCUCCGGAGCUGUUGCAGGAGACGCCAUCACUGUGAACCUUCAAGAGAGGAUAUUGCGACAGGUGAGGAGGAUCGGAUGUCCUGUGGUGGGUGCGGAGUGA